AUGGCCGCGUUCACCCAUCACGCGGUUGCCAUCCCCCCGAGCGCGGUCCGCGCGCCGUCCGUCGACGGCGCCGCGCGUAGGUCGUACGGCGGCGCCGCGAUUCCUCCUCGCGUCUCGCCCUCCUCGCGACGUCCCUCCGGCCGCGCCGUGAACAAGACCACGCGCGCGAACGGCAGCUCGUUCGGUCGCCUGUUCCGCGUCACGACGUUCGGGGAAUCCCACGGCGGCGGCGUCGGCUGCGUCGUCGACGGCGUCCCCCCGAGGCUCCAGAUCUCGCGCGACGAGCUCCAGAUGGAACUCGAUCGACGCAGACCCGGGCAGUCGCGAAUCACGACGCCGCGGAACGAGGAAGACUCGUGCGAGAUCCUCAGCGGCGUCGGCCUCGACGGCGUCACCCUCGGCACCCCCAUCGCGGUCCUCGUCCGGAACAAAGACCACCGAUCACAGGACUACGGCGAGAUCGCUGUCGCGUACAGACCGUCCCACGCCGACGCCACCUACGACAUGAAGUACGGCGUGAGAGCCAUCGCAGGGGGAGGGAGGUCCUCCGCGAGGGAGACGAUCGGGCGCGUCGCCGCGGGCGCGAUCGCGAAGAAGGUGCUCAAGGUGAUCGCGGGCACGGAGAUCCUCGCGUACGUGAGCCAGGUGAAAGACGUGCGCGCGAGCGGCGUCGAUCACCAGACGUUCACGAUGGAGGACGUCGAGGCGAACAUCGCGCGGUGCCCGAACGAAGACAGCGCGAACAAGAUGAUCGCCGCGAUCGACGAAGUGCGCACGCGCGGGGACAGCUGCGGCGGCGUCGUGACGUGCGUCGUGAGGAACUGCCCCAGGGGUUUAGGCGCGCCGGUGUUCGAUAAGCUCGAGGCGGACCUCGCGAAGGCGAUGCUGUCGCUCCCGGCGACGAAGGGGUUCGAAGUCGGCAGCGGGUUCGAGGGCGUGGACACGACCGGGAGCGAGCACAACGACGAGUUUUACAUGGACCCCGAGACUGGGAUUCGCACGCGCACGAACCGAAGCGGCGGGAUCCAAGGCGGGAUCUCGAACGGCGAGCUCGUGGAGUUGAGGAUCGCGUUCAAGCCGACGUCCACGAUCACCUCCGCGCAAAACACGGUGAACCGCGACGGCGUCGACGUCGAGUUGAAAGCGAGAGGACGCCACGACCCGUGCGUGGUUCCGCGCGCGGUCCCGAUGGUCGAGUCCAUGGUCGCGCUCGUGCUCGUGGACCAUCUCAUGAUGCAUUUCGCGCAGUGCAACUUGCUGGGGCGGGAUGAUUACGACGACUUGGUGAGGGGGAACAUGAAGACGUUGUACGACCCGAAGUUCAUCGGAGGGACCGGGACGGGCGGCGGGGGGGAGAUGUCCACGAAGGACAUGAGCGCGGCGUUCUCGGAGGAUUGAGGAUUGGAUUGAUUCGACGCGAGCGAUGCGAUGCGCGUCGUGUUCGGUGUCGCGUCCGUCGUCGAACGGACCGACGCGUUGAUCGACGUGAUGACGCGCUCGCGUGAUUUGUACGCACCUUCGUAUUAAUUU